CCGUGACGGCCACUGGCAGCCUUGGGACACACCACCAUCACUGCUUGCCCACAGCCCACAGGGACCCGCAGCCACAAGGGCCAUGCAGAUCCUGACGUGCCCGGCCCAUUUGCAGCGCCUGGAGGCCGCCCUGCGCAGCAGCCUGCCUCGUGCCCUGCCGGUGUACGGGGCUGUGCUGAACAUCAACCGUGGCAACCCCGGGGACUUCGAGGUGGCAGUGGAUGCCUGGCCCAACUUUGGUGCUGUGCUGGCGCGGCAGAGAGGAGAGGCGCCGCUGAAUGACAGCUACAGGAGCCUGUGCAGCGCCUUCUACUGGGAUGUGGGUGCCUACCGCGCCCUGCUGGAGAGCCCGGGCUGCCUGCGUUGGGACUCCGCUUUCCACAUCUUCGGGCUGCAGGAUGGCGUGCUGACGGUGUCCCAGGACAUUGCAUCGGCCAAGGGCAUAGACCUGGAGGUGACUGAGUACUACACCUACCUGCACACUGACACCAGCACUCUACCAGAGCCACAGCUGGACCCUGACCUGCAGCUGGGCACACUGAGCCCGGCGCAUGUGGAGCUGCUGGACUCAACGUGGGCAUACGGGGGGAACGCGUGGAGCCGGCGCUACCUGGGGGAGCUGCUGCGCCGGUUCCCCUAUCUAUGCCUUCAGGACCCGGCCGGGGAUCUCGUGAGCUGGGUGCUGAGCGACGGCUUUGCAUCCGGAGCGCACGGCUACACGGUGCCCUCCCAGCGGGGCCGCGGACUGAUGCGGGCGCUGACGAUCAUAGCUGCCCGGCGGGCGCACGGCCGCGGCUUCCCGUCGUAUGGCCACACGGCCUUAGGGAACCGGGGGAUGCAGCGGCUGCAAGAGAAUUUGGGGUACCUCCGGCUGCCGGGGCUGUGCCGCUUCGUGCUGCACAACCCUGCGCUGGCGCGGACUGCGCCCUGAGUGCCCCCCGGGGAGAAAUGUGUGAAUAAAAGCAAACGAACCGAAAAGAGCCGCCGCGAAUGAACCGACUGCAAAAUAAAAAAGGAACGAGCGAAAAACAGCAACUCGCAAAGAAACACUGAGAAAAAAAAACACCAACGAACCAACCGACCAAUGGUGAACGACGUAAACAACCGAAAAGGUGCAAAAAGCGAAGCGCCAAUGAAUGACCCGACAGAAUAACCGAGACAGAACGGCCCGACCGGCCAAAAAAAUACAAAACAAAAAAAAGACCAAGAAAAACGAUUAAAGAGAAACCACACCC